UUAAAUCGCCAGACGCACAGAAGAGCAGCGAGAGCUGAUAGAUCGAAUUGCCAGAGAUUUAGUGUGUUAAGUUUGUUAAGUGAGAGGAACAAGAGUAUCGUCAUCGUUGGAGGUAGCAGCAUCAGCCGGUUCGCCACGUUCAGUCCAGCAAUGUCCUUGGAGGAAUCACGGCGUUCGCAGCGUCCGUACAGGUACGGGAUGGUGCUUCUAUGCGUUGGAGCUCUGAUAAACUGGUUAGGCCUCGCAGAGAACUACGUCGAACCGGUACGAUAUGUCGGUGUCGCUUGCAUAAUCGCGGGAGCUCUUCUCAUAUGUGCCGCAAUGUGUUGUUGGCUGCACGCACCGCCAAGUAGGGCAACUAUGCACACACAACACACAAACCAUCCAAUCACAGCACAGAUAGACGAUCCGAUUCAUGUGAUUUCCAUUGAGGAACCAUCUAGUGGAUACAGACAGAAGCCGCCAGACUACGAGGCGGUAACGGACGCGCCACCACCUAGCUACGAUGAUGCGAUCAAAUUGAAUCCUAGUCACCUAGUUAGACUGAGCAACAGUAGCGCGUUGUCGCUACCAACUGUUCACAACAUGGUUCCCAGAACCGUGGAAAUUGUUUCCAGGGAACCAACUCCAUCCCCACCGCCACCGUACGCGAGGUGAGAUUCUCAGUAUCAGCAAUCUCAGUUCGCAACGAGAAAAGUCUGCGAUAUGCUGGAGGCCCAGCGUCUUGCAAUACAACGAAAAUCCAUCGAAGUACAACUACGUGGCGAGAGUGUGAGGACUCCGUCACCCGUAACCGCCGUCAUAGCGUGGCUAAUGAUGGGAGCCAAAUGGUGGCCACUGGACCUCGUCUACGUAGACUACUGUGACGUACGAGAGUGCGAUUAUCGAUUUUGUUUGGCUAAUUUAGAGCGAAUCUAAAACAGCAGACACUAGUCAUCGAUAAAGAGAGAAAUCUGUAAUACGGUCGAAAUGGGGUUUCUUGGAAACUUGGAGAAUGUCAUCGAUCAUCGAAAAGAAAAUAAAACACGAACCGGUUCAAGCGUAAGAAGAGAAUGGGGUGUCCCAAUGGCUGGAACUCGAGGUGUUCCGAGUUACAUCGCUUUAGACAGUCGUACGGCUUGUUAGAGAAACCAUUUCUGUUGCUUGCCAUAUGAUUUCCAUGUUUGUCAUUUUACAAGAAUACAUUAUACACAUGCGAAAGUCAUUCGCACAUCCAUUUUAUUGUGAUACAUGUAACGAUGAUGCUGGUGUUAUGGUACGUCACUUGUCGAUCGCGGUGUUGCUUUGUAAAAACAAGACUCUUUUUUUAUAUCUAUAUAUAAUGGAAAAGCAAAUAAAAAG